UCCUUUCCGUUCUCCAAUCCCAAAGCAAGCUUCGCAAAGUAUAAAGAGCGAGGCGAACCACAAACUAGUGGAGCCGAAGAUCUCGCUGACAAUUUGUCGCACCGCCUCCCCUUCCUGCGGCCGUCGUGACCUGAAAUCGUGCCGCCGUAGAUUCCAGGUCGUCGGCCGAGCCUUGUAAUUCCUGCGUAACGCCUUCAGAAAACUCGUUCAAUUAAAAAUCGAUGAUCCGAAAUAAAAGCAGCUGCUGGAGCUCUCAUUCACUGAUGCAUUCAAGAGGAGUCAUUCUUCUUUAAAGAUCUAACAGCAUUAAUUUACAGCAAACAACAAAAAUAUGGAGAAUCCUGAGCAAACCUUUCUGAUGCAAAUGGGUCUGACCAGGGAUGCUGUGACCUGCUCUAAUCCCACAUUGCCUGUUCUGAAGGAAUUGGCUGCAGAUUUCUUGAACAACAAAUUCCCUGAUCAUGGCCUCACUAUACCACCUGACAGGAUUCUAUUAUUCCUGCACGACUAUAACUCUGACAAUAUUCUGCAGAGAGUUAACCCUAACACUGAGGUUCCCGAAGGUUCACUGAUUGAAAUAGUUCUCUCUGGUCAGCAACCAAAGGAGGAGGCUCGGGUUUGUCCUCAUGCCUUGGCCGUGCACUCCUACAAAGCACCAACGUUUUGUGACUACUGUGGUGAGAUGCUGUUUGGGCUGGUGCGUCAAGGCCUUAAAUGCGAGGGCUGCGGCCUAAACUACCACAAGCGAUGCGUGGUCAAGGUGCCGAACAACUGCAGCAACAAGGCGCGCCGCAUAUCAUCUUCUCACACUACGGCCCCAAGUCCUUCUGGGUCACAGACUUCGUUAGUCUCGGACGACAGCAACCUGUUGUCUGUGCCCGUGACCUCGCCCCCAAAGCCCCGUUCUCCCUCUUUGGGGGGCCGAGUGGCCAUCAAGAUUCCGCACACGUUUGUAGUGCACAGCUACACAAGGCCCACUGUGUGCCGGGUGUGCAAGAAGCUGCUCAAGGGACUGUUCAAGCAAGGCCUCCAGUGCAAGGACUGCCACUACAACACUCACAAGAAAUGUCUCGAGCAUGUGCCGAAAGACUGCACUGGCGAGGAAUCAGUUCGCGAGCUUUAUGAGAGUGCAGCCGAGAAAGAGAACAGAAAUGAUGAGGAGAGCGACGGUGGCGAAUCUCCCACUGGGAAUAGAAGAUCACAAGGCUCCCCGGGACCUAGUCAUUGUUCUAAUGGCAAUUAUUAUGAAAUCAUGCCUUCUGAGAAUAACGGAUCAGACGAAACAGUCAACAGACCAAUGAGCUCAACUCCAAGCAACAACAUUCCGCUCAUGAGAAUUGUGCAGUCAGUGAAACAUACCAAAAAAAGAGGUGGCUCCAAAGUCCUAAAAGAAGGCUGGAUGGUGCAUUGCACUAACAAAGAUAAGACUCGCAAGAGGCAUUACUGGCGCCUUGACACUAAGACCAUUACACUGUUCCAAAAUGACACGAGCAGCAAGUAUUAUAAAGAGAUGCCCCUUUCUGAAAUCUUGGCUAUCGAGACGGCUAAAAUUAUGCACGGAGAGUUCAUGCACUGCUUUGAGUUACGCACAGCCAAUGUGGACUACUACGUGGGUGAAGACCCGCUUUUCACUGCUCCAGGCACAUCGAUGCCUCCUGCGGAUAGUGGAAUAGGCUCUCAUGUAGCAAGGAGCUGGGAAACAAGUAUCAGACAAGCACUCAUGCCUGUUACAUCACAAGCUAGCAACCCAGUAAGCGAGAGCAGCAGUGGCAGCGAGAAAGAGGAACGAAUCACAGACAUCCAUCAGAUUUACCAGAUUUUCCCCGACGAAGUACUUGGAUCUGGUCAAUUUGGGAUUGUCUAUGGUGGUGUACAUAGGAAAACGAACAGGCCUUGUGCCAUCAAGGUUAUUGAUAAACUACGGUUUCCCACAAAACAAGAGGCUGAACUGAAAAAUGAAGUUGAAAUCCUGCAAGAUAUUGCACAUCUUGGAAUCGUUAAUCUAGAGAGGAUGUUUGAAAGCCCAGAGAGAAUUUUUGUUGUUAUGGAGAAACUUCGAGGUGACAUGCUGGAGAUGAUUUUGUCAAGUGAAAAGGGCCGCCUCUCAGAAAGAAUCACCAAAUUUCUGAUCACGCAGAUUCUCAUAGCCCUAAAACACCUGCACAGCAAAAAUGUUGUCCACUGCGACCUUAAACCUGAAAACGUUUUGCUCUCCACCAAUGUAGACUACCCACAAGUGAAGCUCUGUGACUUUGGCUAUGCCAAAAUCAUUGGAGAAAAGUCAUUCAGAAAAUCAGUAGUCGGCACUCCAGCAUACCUAGCUCCGGAAGUGUUGCGGAAUAAGUGCUACAACCGAUCAUUGGAUAUGUGGAGCGUUGGUGUGAUUGUGUAUGUGAGUCUCAGUGGAACUUUUCCAUUUAAUGAAGAGGAGGACAUCAAUGAUCAAAUCCAAAAUGCAGCAUUUAUGUACCCACCCAACCCUUGGAAGGAAAUAUCCUCUGAUGCCAUCGAUCUGAUUAACAACCUUUUGCAAGUAAAACAGCGCAAGAGACUGACUGUGGAUAAAUCUUUAUCUCACAUUUGGCUGCAGGACUACCAGACCUGGUGUGACUUGCGAAAACUAGAAGGACAGCUUGGAACUAGAUACCUUACCCAUGAAAGCGAUGAUGCUCGCUGGGAGUGCUACCGCCGAGAGGUAGCCAGUCGAGAUGUCCUUUGACACUCAUCAUGGGGAUGGUUGCGGUGGGUGAAAGGUAGCAAGAACAGCACAAGGAAUAACGCCUGCCUGCAGCUCUCAUCCUAUCUCAAGCAGUGAAAAUCAAGUGCCUUAAAACUUCUACGAUUUUAAUUUUGUAAGCUACAUUUGUGCACAUAUUUAUUCAGUACUUUAAAUUUAAACCAAAAUUAGUUGACCGUAUCACCAUAAAUGCAUUGUCAUAUAACAGAGUCUUUAAGAAUGAGAGUAAUCUACAUUUUAUUUUAUUUUUAACAGCCAAUUCUAAUUAUAUAUUGCUCAAUAACAUUGUAACUUGAUUACGCCUUAUUCUUUUGAUUGCGAGAAAAAUAAUAAUUAUGCAAGGGAGGGAAAUCUUCAUGUUAUGUGAUAUGCCUGAUAUGAUUCAGUGUAAAAGGUAUUUUUAGCGUCUGAGGAUUUAGAAGCCACUGAAAAUUUAAGAUGCAUUUUUUAUUCAAUGUGAGAUUUCUUUGCAGUUGCUAUUUUUCAUUUUAUUAGGCUCGAAACAGUUGGCAUCAUUAUGUAUUCAUCUAGCUUUACAAGUUAAUAUAGUUGGCUUGGAAUUUUUUAUUUUAAAAAUAUGUUGAUAAUUAAUGAAGCAUUUAUAUAUUGUGACUCAUUGUUAAAAUAAUAUUUAAGUGGUUAUGCAAAUUAUUUCUCAUUCCGGCAUUCUAAAUUGCCUAGGUAUAAGGAUAAAACUAUUACACUUACAUUUAGAGAAAGUUAAGCAAGUACUCAAUUUUUUUCAAGCAAAAAAUUAUUCUAAUGAUUAUAAGGACGGAUGAAGUAAAUUUAGAUGGCAUGUGGAAAAACAAGUGUAGCUAAUUCACCAACGAAUUUUUCAAGCAUAAAAUAUUCUUGGACUAAUUAUCUUAAAAAUAUUUCUGUGGUACUUCGUCUGUGAAAAAUUGAAUGUUGUUAGCUUCAAAUAUUGGUUGCAGCAUUCUGACUGCUGGGCCUUUGGUUCUUAUUAACGCAUUUUGUUAAGUAAGCGCACACUAUGUGAGUCUUCCAAACAAAAUUCCUCGGCCUAAGCCUUCUGCUCAGUUUAAUCUGUGUAAAAUACUCAUGAUGCAAUUUUGUUCUGGAAUUGGUUGUAACAAAUGUAGUUCUUAUAUACAAAAUAAAACACUAAAUUAUUGUUGAGAUUCUUACAA